AUGCACGACGACGUCGGUCCUGGGUCGUCACAGCCUAAUGCGCCCUUCGCAGCUGACGCUGACGCCGACUCUGCUAAUAUCCCGCUCUUAUUUGCUGCCCACGAACACGAUCACCACCAGGCCGUUGAUGCGAUGAUGAUGCCAUUACCGCCGCAGGUUUUUGCUGACCUUCCGGUGAAUCCCAUUCCCAGCAGUGUGGUUCAAGGAUCAAUAUUCCCGGGCGCGGGCGAAGGCGGGGCCACGGGUAGCACCUCGCGAUCGGGCAACAGACGGCGGCGGCAGACGAGAAGCAGCUCGCAGUCUAACGACGCUCCCGGCGAGAGCAGCGGCGGCCAGGCCCAUGCGCCAGAUAGGGCCAGGGCAAGCCGCCGGGUGUGGGUCCGGAAGCGGAGCACCGAGUGGUGGGACCACCUGGACGGGCCGUCGUGCCCGGACGCCGAGUUCCGGCUUGCCUUCCGCAUGUCGCGCGCCACGUUCGGCACGCUCUGCGACGCGCUCCGCGGCGCCGUCGCCAAGGAGGACACCGCGCUGCGGACCGCCAUCCCAGUGCGCCAGCGCGUGGCCGUCUGCCUCUGGCGCCUCGCCACGGCGGAGCCCCUCCGCGAGGUCUCCCGCCGCUUCGGCCUCGGCAUCUCCACCUGCCACAGCAUCGUGCUCCAGGUCUACCACGCCCUGGCCACCGUGCUCAGGCCCAAGACCAUCACCUGGCCUGAGCCUGACUCCGCCGCGACCGUUGCGACCAGGUUUGAGGCCGCCUACGGGCUCCCUGGCAUCAUUGGAGCCGUCUACACCACGCGCGUCCCCGUCGUCGUGCCCAAGGCCAACGUCGCCGCGUACUACGACCGCGGCCUCACGGAACGAAGCCAGAAGGCGUCCUACUCCGUCGCCGUCCAGGUGGUUGCUGACGCCGACGGAGCGUUCACGGACGUCUGGAUCGAGCCGGGAUCGCUAUCUGACGCCGCCGUGCUCGGCAGGUGGGCUCUUUCCGGGCUCCUAGGGGCCACGGGCAGGAGCAGCGGCUAG